ACAGUGCAUUUCAGUUGCUCAUCCACAGACUCACAGACAGACAAUGAGCAACCAGCUACAGAGAACAGUCAGGAGACCAGCGACAGUACUGUCACACAGCCAGCUCAGCGCAGUCCUCCUCAAACCCCUCACCACACCCACAGCACUCUCGGAAACCUCAAAUCCGGAAACCACCAAAAACAGCCAUUCUUAUAGAAUAAAUGCUGCUGAAGAAGUGAAGAAUGUUUUCGGCAAUGCCAGAAAUGGAGAUUACAGACUUCUGAAGAUCGUCAUUGAAAAUGGAGCUGGUUUUAGGACUCACCAAACCGGCAUGCCGCAGCUGGGAGGAAGACAACGAUUCGCUCGUACUUCCUGUGCUGGAUAAAGAGCUGCCCUGCUACAUCCUGUUCAGACUCGACUCCAAAAACAGUCAGGGACACGAGUGGAUGUUCAUCGCCUGGUCACCUGACAGAUCGCCUAUCAUUAAUUUCGAGGAGGAUUUGAUUAUGUUGUCAAACACGAACGCCACAGAAAUGAAAGAUUUACCCAAGAGAAUUUCUAAAGACGCGGCGCGAUAUCACUUCUUCCUCUACAAACACUCACACGAGGGCGACUACCUGGAGUCUAUCGGUACAAUCAUCAGCAAACAGAAGUUUCUUGUUCAUUUACUCCAUGCCGGGUUACAGCCGUGGAAUCAAGGAGCGGAUGUUGUACUCCAGCUGUAAGAAUCCGCUGUUGGAGAACAAACUGCACAUGGAGGUGGAGAAGAAGAUGGAGAUUGAUAACGGCGAUGAGCUGACGGCUGAUUUCCUGUACGAUGAGGUUCAUCCGAAGCAGCAUGCGCACAAGCGGGCGUUCGCUAAACCCCGCGGCCCACAGGGCAGGAAGGGUGAACGCAGAAUCACGAGGCGGCCCGGAGAGGGCGACGACACCGCCGACGAUUCACUGAACAUCAAAGAGGCCACGUCUAGACAUUGAGAUGAAACAUCAUACAUCUCCUCCACCUCCUCCAUCAUCCAACCCUUCAUCUUCUGAUCGAUAAACUCUGACAAAGAGAUCUCCUC